AUGACCAGUGCAGCUAAGUUCACUGCCAAGUCAUUGUUUGACCGCCUCCGGCUCUAUUCCACCCUCAACGUGGUUUUGAGAAAAGAGGCGUUCGAGGAAGUCGAUCGACGGGGUCUUUCAACUGAAUUAAAAAUUCUGCUACAUUAUACCACACCACUCUCGUUUGAACGGCCGUGUUCCUGUUCUGGCCUACUUAUUCCGGUGGGUUUACACCAGAGGGAACCAAUGGACUCGAGUUUCGCUCUGAUUAGAGCUCAUCACCAGUGCAUAUCCAAUGGCCGUGCCGGGAUUUUUGAACCCCGGACAUCUGACAUGCGAGGCGAGCGUGUAACCACUACUCCACCAACGCACGUUGGACGCAUCUGA